CAUUCUUUUAGUGACUAUUAUGUGGUACUGUAUUAAUUCUUCUUAUUAUUUUUAUCGCUCCAUAUGUAGAGAAAAAAUGCCCUUUUAAAGUGUACGCAGUAUUUAUUUGUCAAUACCCAAACCACAACAGCAAAAUGGGUCUGAUAUUUAGUCGAGAAAACGCACGAAUUGAAGAACUCGAUCCUGCUUCUAGCAAUGCAUAUCGUUACCCUCCAAAGCAAGGAAAUUUUUUUGCAAGCCAUUUCAUCAUGGGAGGUGAACGUUUUGAAACUACUAUGCCUGAAGCAUAUUUGUUUGGAGAGAACAUGGAUCUAAAUUUUCUAGGUGGCAGACCUACUCCUUUUCCAUAUCCAGCACCUCAACCAAAUGAACCCACAAGAACAUUAAGGAGCUUAAUGAACAUAAGAAAAGAGUCACUAAGAUUUGUGAAAGUUCCUGACUUGGCUGUAGAGGGAGAGCGAUCUACAUCAGAUAAUUCUUCUAAUGUAGGAACAUCAUAUAAUAUUGAUUUUACUUUUGAUGCAGAUGUACGUUGUGGAAUCACAAUUUAUUACUUUUGUACAGAAGAAAUAACAGCAAAUGGUGUUAUUUACACUCCUCGAGAUGCUACUAUGAAUUCCGAAACUUAUCAUUAUAAAAAAGGAGUAAACCAACAAUUUAGUCAAGUCUCACAUGUUUUUGAUCCAAGCAAAUAUUCUGAAGAAAUGUUAAAUUAUAAAUUUGAAGAUGAGAUCAUACCUGUUCUUAUUGAAUGUGUUGCAGAAGAAGGAGAAGAGCCAAGACAAUCGCAUGUUGUCAUAGCUGUGGUUGAGAAAAAUUUGGAUGGCACGUACACUCUUAAACCACUUAAACAAAAGCUAUUUGUGGAUGGUCUUUGCUAUCUGUUGCAGGAAAUAUAUGGCAUUGAAAAUAAAAAUGUGUAUCAAUCAAAGGAUGCUGCUGAUGAUGAUUGUGAAGACAGUGGUUCUGAAUGUGUUAUUUGUAUGAGUGAUAGCAGAGACACAUUAAUUUUACCUUGCAAACACCUAUGUUUGUGCAAUAGCUGUGCGGACUCGUUGAGAUAUCAAGCUAAUAAUUGUCCAAUUUGCCGUGCCCCAUUUAGAGCAUUAUUGCAAAUAAGAGCUGUGAGGAAAUCCAGUACUGCCCUCCCACAAGUUAGCCAUGCUGAAAAUCAGCCAUCUCAAGAUAUACCUCAUGGUUAUGAACCUAUAUCUCUUAUUGAGGCAUUAAAUGGUCCUGUUCAACCCACAGCUCCAUUAGUUCCUUCUUUUGUUCCAGCACCUAUUCCUCCUUUUUCUAAUAGCCCUGACAUUCGGCAGAAGCAUCGUCAUUUAGAAAGGCACCAUUCCAGUACUGCUUCCUUAAGGCUCACUGAUAACAUAAAUUCUGAUAAAGAAGAUCUAUCAUCUGAUAAAUUGCGAAGCAAAUUAGAAGGUACUUCAGUGCCUGAAGUUGUUGUUGCUGCUAUGAUGUCAUCUGAUAAAGCUGUUCACAAAACUGAAUCUUUAUCACUUACUAGAGGAGAGGGACGUAGACAUAGAAAAGGUUUCCGAACUUCUUCUGCUCCAGAAAAAAUGAGAUUACUUGCAAAUUCUAUGCAGAUUGUUAAUGAAGUUGGCUGUGCUAAAAGGAAAAUGGAUAAAGAUGCUGAAUUAGCUGAAACUAGAUCCCUCCUUGAAAGUAAUGUUGCUGUGGAAGAUAAUUCUGGAAAUACUUCUUCCCCGAAACCUAGCAGACCUUGUAGCAGAAGUAGUCCUAUAUCAUUAUCAACUCCUCAUUCCUUGCAUUUGUGUGAGAAAUCUAGUAAAGAUACUUCACCUGGUGGAGAAGAUUCUGAUUACUAUACUCCAGAGGAUCCUAGUUUGACAAUACUUGUUGAUCAAGGAACUGAUACCAGUUUAGACACACCACAAGGUAUUGAACAAGGAUCAUUAACUGAUUCACUAAGCAAGUCUCGUGGUGAGUAUUUCGUAACUGAAAAGCAUAAGAUGAAUCGUGAAAGGCAUGUAGCUGCAGAUGAACCAUCUGUAGUUGAUCAUGACUGUGCUGUUCUUGAAAGCAAUAAGAAAAAUCCUGAUUGUAUUAAAAUAAUGGAAAGUUCUGAAGCCUUAAAAUCUUCAUAUUGUAACGCUCUUGCUGUAAAUUUAGAAAAUCCGAAUUCAUUACCUGGAACACCAGCCAGCAAUGCCAGUAAUCAUAGUAGCGGGGACAGUUUCAGCAGUACUUCAAGUACACGUUUACUGCUGCAAAAUCAGAGUUAUGAUACCUUGCCAGAAUAAAAAUUCAACAAAGUAAAUUAAAUGCACCUUUUGAAUUAAUCUGAAUAUAAUUUUUUAUUCAAGCUUAUUUAUGUUUACUUGUACAGCAAAUAUAGUUUUGAUAUUAUGUUCAAGCAAGGAGAUUAGUACAAAAGGAAACAAAAUUUAGCUAAAUAUUAUUUUAUUCAUCAGCUGAGCGAGUAAAGCUUGGGUUAAAGAAUUAAAGUGGUGAAUGUACAAAUAGUUAAAUAUUUUCUAUCAUAUUGAUCCUGCAUUUUCUGCAAAGAUAUUCUUUGUUAACAUAUUUGUUUCACAAGUUGUGUAUCUCCAUUAAAAUUGAAGUUCCUAAUGCUCUCAAUAUAUUGGUAACUAAAUUAUAUUUUUUCAGUUGUUUAAGGCGGAGUGAAUAAUUUUUUUAAAAAAGUACAUUUAAUAUACAGUAGCCCCUCGUUAUAUCGCACCUCGUUAUAUCGCUCAUUCGGAUAUAUCGCUCUUUUCUUCUGUCUCCCGAAAUAUUAAAGCCUAAAAUAAGAAAAAACUUUUCUUUAAGUUUUAAACCAUUUCUAAAAACAUAUGGUAUUGCACAGAGAAGGUCUCUUUCUUCUCUAUUUUGUCAAUGAACAAAAGGAAGCAAUUCUUCUGAAUUCGCUGGAAAAGCAACAGCAAUUCCUGUCAUCCAAAUGUACAUACCCGUACAGUAUAUUUCAGUUUAAGAUGGUCUGUAAACUACUUGACAUCUUCUUUUGUAUUGAUACAUUGCCUUUACAAGGAGUGAGAGACAUCAAACAAGUGUCGUAGUAGCCCAUGUAAAAAAGAACAUACGCCCUUCUUUUAGUACAGAAAAGAUUUGUACUUGGUUGCACAAACCAGGAUUUGCAUCAAAAAAGGGAAUAAUGAUCUGGAUGGGCGAAAUAGUUUCCUGGAAACAAUCUGGUUUCUUUUACUUUUCACAUCUUUUCUACAGCAAGUAAAACGGAUUAGAAAACCUACUCGGAAUAAGAGGGUAUUGGAAUGCUCAUUCUUAUCUCGCGGUAGCUCAGAAAGACCGUCUUCAUUCGCCAUUUGAUAAUUUUAACUUUCUGACGGUAAAAAUUUACUUAAAUUUCAAUCUUGUUUAAAUUUCAAUAGGUGUGAUAGUACCCACAUCGAAAACUUAAGAAACUAAUGUCAAAAAGAACGAAUGCCAAUUUACUUGUGUAUUAGACAUAACUAUUUUUAAUGCCGACCGUUAUAUCGCACUUUCGGAUAUAUCGCUCUUUUUCUUUGUCCCCCGAAAAGCGCGAUAUAACGAGGGGUUACUGUAUUCGCUAUUUUUCAAAAUAUUUCUUAUAUUGUGACUGCUCAGUUAUUUCUUCAAUCAUGCAAUUUAUUCACUCAUAAAUCA